AUGUAUUCGUUGAUCAAGAAAGCAAUUAAUGGUAACAUCGCCAGAUGUGCACUCUACUCCGCUCCACUUGAACCACGCGUGUUUAAUAUUACGGCAACUGCAGCUUCAUUCCACUACCCUACCAGUAUUGAUGAACAAUGGAUACAGAUCAUUCGCUACGAGAUAAAGCCGAGGAACUGGUCACGGAGUGAAAAAGUUGAAUGCCAAGGAAAUAGACAGGGACAUAAUCAUAAAUCAGAAAUCGCCAGUCUAGUACCUCAAUCGUCGUACACAGUACGAGCUGUAAUAACGGUGAAAACUCCAUUACACGAAUGCAACAGUAAUAAUAUAAUUGGGCCUGAAACGGAUUUCACGACAGAUAUUCUGACAACCAACAACCCACUGGACCGGAAACCAUCCUUAAUCGGAACCGGCAUUGUGGAACUACGAUGGACAAACCCGUGGAUAAGCCGGAGUACUAACCCAUGCACUUCUGCACCAACCGACUGUAAUACCACGGUACUCGUUCAAUUAAUGAAUUCAACACUUUUCGUCUGGCCGAUGAAGAAAUUUCCAAAUAAUGCGGAUGUUUGCAUUGGGAAUCGAUCAUAUGAACUUUCAACUGCAACGACAUACCGCUUUGUCGUGACAAUGGUGAAUAGUUACAAACAAACACUAGAGAGCGUCGUAGAUUAUUGGACCCCGGCGAGCGUGGGGUUCGACGAUAGGGAUGAAAAACUGGAGGUGGAAAAAACGGACACUUCGGUCGAUAUCAGAAUUCCCAAGAUCCUGAACAUAACGUCGGACAGCGUCGUGAAAAUCAUCGUAGAGGGAACAUCGACAUGUAGCAACCAAAGCGUCCCGCCGAUCUUCAGAAAACUCUUGAUCAAUGGAAUUCAUUCCAGUAUGGCAUGGAUUGCCCAAAGGUUCGAGGAUCCGAAAAACGUGACUCAGAAAUACUCGAUUGAGAAGAUCCCGAACGAUAAGAAAUCGCCGAGGUGUCAUUUACGUUCUGCAGAAACUUAUUAUGUUAUCGUGACUGUCGUUAACAGAACCGGCCAAGUGUUUGCGAAAAUAUCUUCAAAUCCUAUCAAUCUUAAGAUGCAACCAUCUGGCGAUUCGACCACCCCAUCACACAUAUCAGCGCAUAUGUGUGUGUCAAACGAACAACAAAGUUGGAUCUGGCUUUGUAUUUUCUUGAUUUUAUUAACCUCCUUCCUGUUACUCUUCAUUUGGCGCCGGAAAUUGCUAAAGAUUCUGAGGCAAAUACAACGAGAGGAUAUCAUUUCUUAUUGGCAGCGUAUCAUGGAUUACGUAAAGCCCGCCACUACUUGCCCUUUUCGAUCAGGGCCAUUAUCUCUACACAUAUCACCUGUCACAGAUCUGUUUCCAAUGGGCAAUAGCCCAGAGCUUUGCGGAGAAAAUUGUUACUCAAUCCCAAUCUCUGUUCAAAAUUUCGAAAAUUACGUCAAGGAAUCCAUCAUUACCGGUCAAUUGAAAUCACAAUUCAUGAUGUUUCCAAGAGGUCUGAGUGAUAAGAGGCGACACAAGUAUGGAUCGCUGGUAGAAAACAAAAUCAAAAAUAGAUAUGCGAACAUCAUACCAUAUGACGAUACAAGAGUGAUCCUGAAAAAAAAUCCGGGCAUUCCUUGCUCCGACUACAUCAACGCGAAUUACGUAGAGGGCCUCGACAAAGAAAAGUAUUAUAUCGCGGCUCAAGGUCCCAAGCCAGAGACCAUCGAGGAUUUCUGGCGAAUGGUUUGGCAAGAGGAAUCCUCCGUGAUUUGCAUGCUGGCGAAUAUAGUCGAGAGUGAGAAGAUUAAAUGCACGCAGUAUUGGCCAGAAUUUGGAAGCCGCGAAACUUACGGUGUCAUCACUGUAUUCAUAGAGAGUCAGAAAGUAUUUGCCGACUACACUUUCAGAACCUUUUGUAUCAGUCAACAAGGGGAAAAGCGAAAAAUCGAGCAUCUGCAUUAUACGGGAUGGCCGGAUCACAAGGUGCCUCUGUACGUGCAUUCCGUGAUUGCAUACUUGAAGAAGGUGCUCAGAACGCCCGUCGGAAGAGGACCCAUAAUUGUUCACUGCAGUGCAGGUGUCGGACGAACAGGUACACUUAUACUGUGCGACAUCUGCCUGCGACAGGCCGCUCAAACUGGGAUCGUCGACGUACUUGCGCAAUUUAAAAAACUUCGUGACUGUCGCUUGAACAUGGUAGACACUGAAAUGCAAUACGUGUUUGCUCACAUUGUCAUGGCCGAAUACUUGGCCGCACAACCUACGGAGAUACCAUGCAACAAUGAUUUGCCCCUGGCUAUAGAGAGUAUAAAGGAAAAAUUACCGCAGCACAUAGAAAGGCUUCGUAACACCGUUUGGCAAGAUGAGACGCUGUGUCCGUGGAUGAGAUCCUUGCCACCACUUCCAGAACACCUUGUGAAAAACAGAUACCCGGAACUUGCACCAGACUGUUCCAAUCUGGUCUACCUAUCACGUAAUCGAGCGCACAACUACGAUGAUUACAUCAGCGCGGUCACGGUCGAUGGAUUUAAAUUCAAGAAGCAAUUCCUCGCCUCCCAAUUACCCAUGGCUUCGACGAUUUCAAACCUCUGGAGACUAAUUGCUGAGCAGAAGGUGGAGCUUGUUAUCAUUUUGCAAAAACCUGACCCCGACGAUCCCACAUGCUGUGACGUCAUGAUGAACAAAGAGUCGUUCAAUCCUGUACCCUCCUUGAAUGUGGCAGUGAAAACAAGCUCAGACCCAACGAAAUCUUUUCACAUCAACGAGGUUCUACUCACCGACGAGUCAGGGAGUUCGUCAGAGUUUCGUCAAGUUACAGUGUUGACAUGCACGGAAUGGGGUUUAGGACGUGGUGGAAAACCGCCACCGCCAGAAGAUCUGGUUAGCUUCUGGAUAAUAUCGGAGGAUAUUCAUCGAGAACAAGGGCCAACGCUGGUUCUUUGUCACGAUGGCGUUACCGGCUGUGGUCUCUACUUGGCGUUGAGUUUUGUCUUGGAAAGAAUGUCCGUCGAACGAGAAUGUGACAUCAUUUUAGCCGUUCGAGCUGUUCGUCGGGCAAGACCGUGUUUUGUGCAGUCUCAGGAACAAUUCGAAUACUUAUACGACGCCGCAGCGGAGUACAUCAAGUCCUUCGAGACGUACGCCAACUUUGAUUGAUUUGUCAAGUUACAAUCAACUACAGUAUAAUAAUACUGUCAGUAAAUACUACAUCAAUAAACAUACAUCAUUAUACAUCACAAUUAUUUCAACAGCAAAAUUUUAGAUGAAACAUAUUAGACUGUGGCGUAUCGAAUACUCAACCGAAAAAAAGACCGAAUAUACUUAAUUUUGUUCCAGCAUUUAUAAUGACUGACCGUCUCAGAAUAAUGCAAGUUCAUACGGUACCAUAUGCUUAAUCACGACAUAUUUUUGCUGUCGCUGAGAGAUAUCAAGACCACAUAAAAAUCUUGAGUUCAUUUCUUUUACGUAUUAUAUGAUCAUGUUAUAUUAUAAGUAUUUCUUCUAUAAAAUAUAAUGCCUCGUUUUUCUAUCAAGAACAAAGCGAAAAUCCCUACACCCCAGACGCACUUCUACGUAGUCCAAAUUUUGUCGCAACCGUCGAAAGAUUGGAAUUAUCUUUAAAAAAAAUCUACGUUCAUCUUGCAAGUAAAAAAUACCGCAAUUCAAACAAUGCAAACACUGUGACCAACAAAUUCGCGGGAAUCAGUUUUUUUUUUUUUUGCUAAAUUUUCUUGCUAGUUUUCUUUUUUCGCGAAGAAAAAAAUCAGUUGAAUUAAUGAAAUGGACGAACAUAGACAGCCGAAUAGAAAAUUAAUCGCUACAACUCAACAGUAGUUGACGUAUAAGUGACAACUAAUGUUUAAUUGCAGUGUUUAAAUAUUUAUUCGGCCGCCGGUUAUCGACGAUUUAGUUGAUAUAACUGAUUUUUUUCAGCGUGUGGUGAAUCUGAAAUUCAAAAAUUAUUCGACGAGUAGUUCAAGGUAACAGGUAAUAUUUUAGCGAGGGAGAUUAUGAUACAAGUAUCUCUGGGUUGUAAAGACAUUCAGAACGCGA